UUGUCGUUUUAUGGUGUAGAGAGAGAGAGAGAGAGAGUUGUGUGUAUGCCUUAAUGAUGAUGCCUUAAUGAUCUUAUUUUUGAGAUAAAUAGAUUUUGUGUCUUGCUUUUGUGUCUCGUUUAGAGAUAUGAUCCUCUAUUCUCUUCCACUUGAAAACGAACGAUACACUAGUCGAAAUAUUUUUUUCAAUUACCAUAUAAUAAUUAGUCAUGUCAAACUUUAUCAAUGAUUACAAUAAAGUUUAUAUUAUUCAAAGGAGAAAGCGAGAUGCGCAAAAACAUUGAUUACGAUUGAGAAAUGAAAUAGAAACGAGUCGAAUACUACUAUUAUGUCAAAAGCACAAAUAAUGUUUGGCAUAAUGUAAUUAAUAUUUAUGUUAGUUUCAAACUUGUUCGUGCGCGAUAUUUCUUCGGUAGAAAAUAAUCAUGUCAAGGAUAAAAGCAAAGAAGAGGAGGUGAAACCAUCUUACCGUGGGGUUCUUUAAACCCAUGUGUAAAUAUGAGACCACGUUGUACGUUAGUGACAAUCAAAAGUGGAAAUUCUUUGAUAAGUCAUGGGAAUUCUUCUUACAAAGAACGGCACCGAUAGUCCGGUGACAGUCCCGAAGACAGCAGAGCAUGAAGUCAAGGUUCAAUUUGCUCGCGAAUUUGCCGAUGUAGGAUCGGUCACGGAGAAUCUCUGCUUGGUCCCGGAGAGUCUUUCGUCGGCCAGUAGUUUCCACAGCCUCAGUAGCACUCUCAGCACCAAAAGCAGUAGCGGUAUAUGUCCCGAUUCAACACCCGAAAUUCCAGAUGAUGCGGACUCCGGAAACACAUCAUACGUAAACUCCAACAUACCUGGUGUAGAAGAUUUGAUUCUCGCGUGCGCCGAAAUUCAUCUGGGAAGUGAACGUGAUAGUCAGGAUCUCAGUCAAGAUCGAACCUUUGCGUCGGCCAUAGAUGAGCUACCACUUUCCACGAGCGAUUGUUCCCUAAAUGAAGAUUUAUCGGAUAACACCGAAAAUGAAACGCAAUUGAUAAAGACAGAUUCUCAAUUAUAUCAGACGUGCGUGCCUUUGAAUCAAACACGUAUUGUGGAACUGUCUAAUAACGCAGCUUCCGUUCAAGAUUCACAGUUCGUGAUUUCAUAUCCUUUAGAAGAAGACAUACCGCAAGUGAAAGAAUCGAGCGAUAAACAUAUUUUGUUUCAGGAAAGUGAUAAUAUAGCGAAUGAACUUGAAACGUGUAACAUUGCGAAUAACAUUAUAAAGGAUUCACUGCCAACAAAUAAUGUGAAUAAUAAUCAAUUGAAUGUAACAAGUAUCAUUUCGUCUGAUAAUUCAACUUUCAAUAUAAUUGUGCGUAGUGAAAAACAAGCAAUAAAAGACGAUUGCAUCACCGAAGUAUUACCUCUAGAAGAUCCACAAUUGUGUCCUACCGAAAUUUCUGUUCCGUCCAUAUCUUCGUUAGCGCAAUAUGCAGAUAUUUCGUUGCCCAAUAUAUCCAGUAUAUCAUCACCAUUAGAAGAUACUAAUAAUAAAACGAAAGAGACAAAUGUACAGAAUUUACAAGAACAAGAAAUAUCAACAGCAUUGUCUUUCUCUGAUGAUUUCGAUAAAAAAUUGUGUACAUUAUCACAAACAAUUGUAAAUAAUUCUGAUCAAACAGAUCAAACGGAGAAAAACGAAAUUGUCAAGGAACAGGAAUUAUCACAAUUAGAUAAUUUUAUUGUAUCAAAUAAAGAAAAUAACACAGAAAUAUUAAAGACCAGUAUUAUAGAACCAAAAACACCCGAAAUUAAGGAACACUUGCAGACAAAUAUCGACGAAAAAAAUUUAGAAAUAAAAAAUACCAUAGUAUUGAAUGAAACGCAAAAAUUAUCUGAAGAAGAAAUUAUCACAUGUAAUAAGACCUGUAUUACAGAAAAGCAAUCAGAAACCGUAAUUAUAAAAAAAGAAGAAAAUAUUGUGGAAAAUGCAACUGUAACGAGCGCUGUUAAAAAAGAGACGUCUUUCGAAGGAGAUCUCAAUCGUACACUUACUUUACAAGAAAUAGAUAUAAAUUUUGCAAUAGAUGAAGAGUACGAAGAUUUCAAGCCCCAGCGUCAAAGUACUACGCUGUCAUUAAUUAACGAACAGCCGUGCUUUGAAGAAAUAAAAUCUACAGUAGAAAAAGUUACUAAUGAGUUACUUAAUCCUUCAUCGGAGCUCACGGAAGAAACAGAUCAGUUUGUCAGUGCAACAGUUGAAAUUUUCCAAGAUCCUUCUGUGUUUGAUUUCUUGUUAGCACAAAGUAAUUCAACACAUACAGACCGUCUUAGAACAGAAUCCUUGUAUGUUAAAUUUGAUCCAUUAGUAUCAAGAUCCAGCAUGUUGCCUCAAGGAAAUGUCCAACCAAUAAAUGAAGAAAAAAAUGAUAAAAAUGAAUCGUCACUUUCUGAUGUUGGUACACCAAAACGUAAUCCUGCCAUAGCAGCUAUAGACAGGCUGCUUUUUUAUAGUCCGCUUCCCAAUGCAACGGUGCAAAAGUUAGAGGAAGCUCAAGAAAAAAAUGAGCAACCAGUAGAAGAGCCUAAAUCUGAUGCACCACUUAUCGAUCAAGUAGAGAUGAGUAAAGAACUCGAACUUGUAAGAACGACGGUACUACAAUUGGAGGAAGAAUUAGAGAAACAGAAAAAAGAACACGACAAAAAGGAAGCAGAAUUAGAAAGGCAAAAAGCAGUCUUUCAAGAAAAAAUUAAUAAAUUACAGACACAAAUAUCGCAAGAAAUAAAAACCAAAACCCAAAUGACGGUUGUCGUGGAAGAAUACGAAAAGUCGAUUAGUAGAUUACUCACAGAGCGAGAAAGGGAUCGCACAAGCUUUGAACAAGACAAGGCAAAAUUGCAAGAAGAACUGCAAACUGCGAAUCGCCAUCUAACUAAUACGGAAGCGGCGUUUAACGAUGUGCACCAGAAAUAUGAGAGACUUAAAGGAGUUGUGUCGGUGUAUAAAAGUAACGAAGCUGUACUGAAAGAAAGUAUCCAGGAGAAUGUAGAAACCAUAAAAACAUUGGAAACGCGAUAUGAUCAACUUAAGGAACACGCCAUGGCUCAAUUAGAAAAUGCUAAUCUAGAAUUAGACGCAAUACGAAAGCAGAACGAGGCGGAAACAGUGAAGUUGCAUGCGUUGAUAAGGAAAGCAGAACUUAAGAGCAAUUCGCUUGCUGAACUUGUGGAGCAAAAAACUAAAGAAAAUAAAGAACUUGCGAAAAUUCUAGAUGAAGUUAUCGCUAGGGUUGGUCAUGGAAACUCGGAAUGAAAAUGAAAUAUGGCGAUUAUGGCGUGAUUAGUCUUUAUUUUUUUACUUGUCCUUCGCUGUCUUAAAUACAAAUGUAUGUUAGAUACAAUUGAUGUAUGUAUAUGUGCAUUAACUCGUAAAGUUAUUGCAGGUUGCGUUUUACUUCAGGAGAACGCCUUUUAUUAUUUAUAAGUUGUGAAAUAUAACUAUUUUAAAGCUAAUAAACUAUGCUUAUCAAAA